AUGCGAGCACAGCAGAAAAAGACUCAGGAACAGGUCGAUUCGAAAGUUCAUCGCGCCACCAGCUCAGCUCCGGAAUUGACGAAAGCACUCGCCGACACCCGAAGAAGCCCGCUCACCCGCAGGCUCCGCCAGAUUGAGCUACACGAAAGAGUUCGACUCAAAAUCGACUCUUACACCGGCGAAGAAGACCCCAAGAAGUGGCUAACCGCGUUCAACCUCGCCAUGAGGAGGGAGAAAUACAAAUCUUACGAUGAAAGGGAGGCCAACUACUGUCAAGUAUUCGUCGAGCACAUGGCGAAAGAUGCCUUGACCUGGUUCUCUAACCUCCCCGCCGAGUCGAUCGAUAACUUCGACGACCUAACCAAUGCUUUUCUGAAGCAUUACUCCAUGCACAUGACCCGAAUCACUCGGAACAUGUUCACCACAACGCAAACCCAAGGCGAACCAUUGCGCAGCUUUAUGGAAAGGUUCAAACAAGCAGCUCGCGACACUGGCGACAUGCCCGAUAGCGUCCCGCUGGAAGCACUCCGCAACGGCCUCUGGUACGACUCCAAGUUUAAGGAGGAUUUGUCACUAAAACCCCCUGCGACUCUGGAGGACGCGUUCCACCGCUCUCGGAACUACAUCUUCCUCGAGGAAGACCAGCGCUUCUACGCCGAGAAACAUGGAGAUAGGAGGGCAACCUCAUCACUCCUAACGGCGUUCGCAGCAGCCGACAACGAGCCCGAGCAGGAACCGCAUCACAUCAAGAAACGGGCAACAGAUGUCGCGACGCCCGAUCUCGACGACUCUGACACGUUUUGCCGCCUCCACGGAACCGGUGACCACUCUACAAGAAACUGCCGACGCCUAACUCGCGAUCUCCUUCGGAGAUACCAGCACGGGGAGCUACCACCGAUAAAAGGGGACCGCUCUCGUCACAGACGAAAGCCGGCGCAACCCGUAAUCCCGGAAAACACGCCGGAUGACGUAACGAACUACUCCGACGAAUCAGGGCAAGAGAUUAACAUGAUAAUGAGCAACCCCAUCCAUCGCGAUUCCAUCUCGACGAUCACGGAGCAUGAAUACGCAGCGGUGGAGCACGAUCGCAACCCGACCCGCGAAGAAAUCCCCACUAUCAUCUUCACGGAUCAAGAUACGGCGGGGCUGGAUACCCCUCACGUCGACCCACUCGUGGUCAGCUUGCACAUCAGUGACUCCAGCGUAGCAAGAAUCCUGAUCGAUACCGGGAGCACGGUGAAUCUAAUCUACAAAGAGACCCUCAACCGCAUGGAAAUCAGCAGAGACCAGAUCAAGCGUUCGUUGUACUCCCUCACCGGGUUCACCUCCGAACACGUUUCUAGUGAAGGCACGAUCCGCCUACCUAUCCACGUCGGCGGAACAACCAAAGCCGCCAAAUUCUUCGUCAUCGAUAAACCAGCCAUUUACAACGCCAUUUUGGGCACCCCAUGGCUCCACGAGAUGAAGGCCGUCGUCUCGACCUUUCACCAAUGUGUGAAAUUCCCGGCACAAUCAGGAAUUUACACACUGAGAGGGAAUCAAGGGGCAGCAAGGUCAUGCUUCCUCUAUGAGCGACGGCUCCGCCUAGCAGCAACAUGCACCGCAAACGAGGAAAUGGAUCCACGCCUUCCAUACCACCAGAGACCAAAGCCGGCCCUCGUCGACGAGGUGAAUAUCGACGAAUCGCGUCCGGAAAGGUGCGUUGGCAUCGGUGGCGACCUCGACGAUGUGAUAAAAGAGCAACUGGUCACAUUGCUCAAACAGAACGUGCACCUUUUCGCAUGGUCAAUGGCAGAUAUGAAAGGGAUCGACCCGGCAAUCACAUCCCACGAGCUAAACGUGGACUCUACCUACAAACCCAUGAGACAGAAAAGACGCAAGCUCGGCGCCGAUAAAGCUCAAGCAGUCAAUGAAGAAGUGGAAAAUUACUUAGAGCCGGAUCGAUCACUGAAGUAA